AUGUCCGCUAAAAUCGGCAUGUUGACGUUUUUCAUCUUUGUUCUCACUUCUUUGACGGAGUCGAUGCAAGGGCAGCUGGCUUCGGCUGAGGCGUUGUCCAGAGAAGUGCGUGUCAUGAAGAACUUGGACAUUAACAGGUACUUAGGUACCUGGUACGAGCACGCCAGCAACCUGGCUGCGAAAGCAACCUUUGAAUUAGGGUGUACGUGCAGCACCGCUGAGUACUCCUUGACCCCAGGAUCGACAACUGUUGAUGUACGUAAUAGCUGUCGCAGAAGGGCAUUCGGUGAAGUUCGCGGAAAGGCGUAUCCGGUGUCGCCGGUUUCAGAAGACGGUAUCAUCAAAGAGGCACGCUUCAAAGUGGACUUCACAGGAAGUGGCCCGCCAUCGCAAGGAGAUUUGGGAAAUUACUGGGUACUGUGGACUGACUAUAACUACGCCAUCGUCGGAGGGCCUGUACCGUUCAAGAGACUUUUCUUCCUUUCACGGACAAGCCACGUCACUGAUGAUGAGCUUGCUGUUAUGUACAAGCAUGCUCUAGAUGCAGGUGUGCUACCAGUGGAGCUUCUUCCGCCGUUUCUGGUACGCACUGAUCAGGAUCCAUACCACUGCCGUGAUGAAACCGAGGCGACUCGUUAA